ACCGCCUCGGUUUCAGUCACUGAGAUAGCAGUUGCUGGGGACCCCUAAACCACUUUGGCAAAUUAAGGAAAAAUGUGUCGUUUAAAAUGGAUUAACUCACUAACGGGGAUGUCAACAGUCCAGUCGUGAGCGGCUACGACAGACAGAAGAGGAACCAGUGGCGUAUAUCUUUCCGAACAGCAGCGUCUGUCUCUAUCUGUCUGAAGUGUAUUUGUUUGGAGUUCCUCCAUAAUGCCUGAGGUGCGGGACCUUUCAGACGCCCUGCCAGAGAUGCCCAUGGACCCGAUCACUGGCGUAGGGGUUGUGGCCUCGAGAAACAGAGCUCCCACCGGCUAUGAUGUGGUUGCACAAACCACGGAUGGGAUCGAUGCAGACUUGUGGAAAGACGGCCUGUUCAAAUCCAAGGUGACCCGCUAUCUGUGCUUCACCAGGGCUUUCUCCAAAGAGAACAGUCAUUUAGGUAAUGUGCUUGUAGACAUGAAGCUCAUCGACAUCAAGGACACGCUGCCUGUGGGAUUCAUUCCCAUUCAGGAAACUGUGGACACACAGGAGCCGGCCUUUAGGAAGAGGAGGUUAUGUAUUAAGUUCAUCCCGAGAGACUCCACUGAAGCUGCCAUCUGUGAUAUCCGUAUCUUAGGACGCUCUAAACAAGCACCACCACAGUAUACAUUCAUAGGAGAGCUGAACAAUAUGGGGAUCUGGUACCGUAUGGGAAAGGUGCCCCGGACCCAGGACUCUUCACCUGUACAGAACAACACCACCAAUAACAUCCAGAGCGUCACCAACAACUCCACUCCUGCACCAGUCUUGCCCAAGCACAUAUCCAUGACCCUGCCGGCAUGUUUCAGAAAAAGCACAACCAGACCAGACUUUGAACACCAGAACUCCAACCUCUAUGCCAUCUCUGCUAUGGAUGGAGUGCCUUUCAUGAUUUCGGAGAAGUUUGCAUGUGCCUCCAGUGAUUUGCAGCAGGUGGAUCUAAUGGGCAUCAGAAUCAAAUCACUUGCAGAGAUCGAGAAGGAGUAUGAAUACAGUUUCCGGACGGAGCACAGCGCCGCGGCCCGACUGCCGCCCAGUCCCACCAGAACAUCUCUGGGCUCCGAGGCCUAACGCUCACAACCUCUGAAGAGACUCCUCCACCUCUCUCAAAGUACACCGGAAACCCACAAAACCAACUGCGACAAUUUCGAAAGAGGGAAAAAUAACGAUAUUGGUUUAGUUUUUAUUUUAUUUUAAAAUUAACAAAUAUUUAAUAUGGCCAAGUUCGUUUUUCAAUGCUACUUUUUCAUUAAGAGCUUUGGACAUCGAACCACGGUGAUCAAAUCAAAACCACUUCUGUGUUUCUUUUGUGUUGCGUCUGACUUAUUCUGGCUGCCGGACCGGAAAGACUUUCUGAAGGGUCACGCUUGGACAAACUCUUAAGAAAUCACAUUUGAGACCCAAAGUCUGCAUUCAUGCGUCAAGUGCACAAGAUUUUUAUUUUCUUCUGCACCUUCAGUUUUAUUUAGAUGGCAGCGACUGCAUGACUUUGUUCCUUUGUUUGGAAAUGGAGCCCAGUUCCCUGCACUGUUACAGGACUUCUGAAACAUUUCAAUUUAAUUGUGUUUGUCUGGAGAAAUGAGAUUAGAACAAAAACCCUUCGCCUCUGAACAAACCCUUGUACAUAUACGAGCGCCGAAUCAGGAUUACCUUGAUUUGGAGUUGAGUGUUUUCCUUUUGUCUUUGUGACGUUCUUCCUGAAUUGAUCUGUCACUGCUCAGUUUUACUCUUUCAGUCUCAUGUUACGAUCUUUGAUGGUGCUCAAGCAGAGGGAUGUUGUUUCUUCAAGUCCGUUCGUGGCUUCUAACAUUUAUGGUGAUUUUUUUUUUUUUUUUACUUUUUUUAUUUAAACAGGUUAAUAUUUCCACAGUCAUAUUUCACCCCAAGAUUCAAAGAAAAAAUAAGUAAUUGAAUUUUGCUUAAAGAAAAAAACUAAUAUUUUUAAGUCAUAAAGAAUUUUCAUGAAAUUUUAAACCUAUUUUCCACAAAAAAACUCAUUACUGUAAUUCGUCUUAAAUUCUAUAAAACGGAUACCACGAGUACAAAUAAUGUGCUAUUUUUCCAUUUCUCAUUUAUUCAACUUUUGAUAAUGCUUAAAGCCUUUAUGUAUAAUGUAUUAUGAUGGUAUUCAGAUUGUGUGUUGUAAUGGAUUAUAUUUUUUCAUAAAUAAUUGUAACCAACUUUAAAAUGUUACACUUGGAGGUUUGUCAUGUAUUUUGAUGCAUUAUACUUUCUAAAAGUCUAAAAAUAAAGUAUUAUAAGGUUACAAUUAUUCAUGAAAUAAUUAUAAUAAGUUAAUGCAUUAAAUUUAGUUUAAUAAUGCAUUAUAUUUAAAAAUUUUAAAGUGAUACCAGACAUUUUUAUUGCAUUACAGUAAUAGAAAAUUUGGGGUAAAUGUGCUUAAUUCUAUUGAAAAUGUAAAAAAUGCAUAUGGAAAAAAGCAAAAUCCAAUUUCUAAUUUCUUUCUGAUUUUCAGGGUGAGCUGAACAUUUCUUGACAGUUUUAUGAGAUUCAGCUGAAUAUCCAGAACAAAUGUUUUUGUUAGUUGAGUUUUAGUAACCCAUGCAGUCCAGAAGCAGCUCACACGGUCAAGGUUUGAGUCAUGUGAUUGGCUCUGUGUGCCACUGCUGCUUUCUUGAUAUGCUGAUUAUUAUCGAUGAACGUACAGUGUUAGUAUUUCUGCCGAAACAACCCUCUCGGGUGAAAGUGUUCAGCUUGGAAACAGCAAGUGUUUGGGUGAUUAAAGACAGCAGUCCUUUCAGAUGCUUUGACAUCUUCACUGUCACUCAGAUAAUGUUCAAGCAGCUAUAUUGUUACAUUUCCUAACCACUAUGUUGACUUUUAUUAUGUUGGAUCUUAGUUUUACUUUUUUUUUAUAAUCACCACAAAUUAGAUUUUUUUUUAUUUUUUAUUCUGAGGCAGUCAGUAGCUUCAGACUUUCAAAACUGAUUUUAAUUAGCAAGCUUUUUUUUAAUUAUUAUUAUCAUUGUUAUUUCUACUGAAUAUAAUUUACAAUCCAAGAUUAGGUCUAAUUUGUCUGGAAAACCAAUCCCAGGUUUAUAGAUCUAGGAACAAAAAUUAUAGUUUAACAUUACAUAAAUGACAUGCUGACGAAUGCAAUAUUUUAUUUCCUUCAUUUAUUUAACUCGAGCCCCUAUAGGAAUGCAUGCAGCAUUAUCUAUUUUCUCAUAAUUAAAAUUAAGAUUUAAUUUGCCAUUUCAUAGUACUCUUUCAUUUAAUUAUUUAAUGAUUUUCUAUGAAGACUAAUUUAAAUGUUUAGAAAUGUAGCUAGCAUGUUUCCCCAAUAUAUUUUUAAGGUUUUGUUGAAUAGUUGAGUUUGUGGAGUUACCAGGUUGGACACAAAUACAAUAAAACAUGUUUAGUUACUGCUCUGCGUGAAUAAACUCCUGUUCAUGAUUUUACUAACCGUUUAAUGUGUAUCGUCCAGUUCAUCGUUGUGACUUUAGAAGAACCUGCUGUGUUUUUAUUUGCAUUGACAGCUGAUUUGAAUUUGUGUGUGUGUGUAUACAGUAAAUGGAAUUGCCAUUUUUGAAUGCUGGUUGAAUUUUGUUCUGUUAUUUUAUAAAAUUACCAUAAACUCUUAAUGCAAAAA